GAGGCCAGAAGUUCAAGACCAGCCUGGGCAAUAUAGUGAGACUCUGUCUUCACAAAAAAUUAGAAAUAAAAUUUUAAUCAAAGUAAAUUAAAUAAUAUCAAUAGUAUAUAGAAAGUUUACUGCAAUGUAGACCCCUUCCUUUCCUUUUGUGCUAUCAUAGUAACACAAAUGGCAGGUUUAUACAUUAUGAACAAAACAAUAUACUUGGUUUUAUGGAGUUAUCUUUAAUCAGUUAAAUUAAAAGGGUAAAAGCAUAUGUUAUCUUUUAUUUACCUAUGUAAUGACUUUAAUCACUGCUCAUUGUUUCUUUGUGUGGAUUCAAGUUACCAUCUGGUGUUACCUUUCAUCCUAAAGAACUUUAAUAUUUCUUAUUAGCAAAGUCUGCUAGCAACAAAUGCUUUCAGUCUUUACCUGCGGUUCUCUUGAAGUGUGUUCACAUUCUUGUACAGUAAGUGUAUGGGUGUGUGUGUGCGUAUGUGUGUGCAAGUGAUCAACUUUGCGAAGAGUUUGGUCAUUCUUUUUCAAGAAUUAUUCCUUUUUCUUUCCCUCUGGCCCCUCCUCUCAUAUGUAUGCUGGUGUUUUUAAUGAUGUACUACAUGUCUCUGAGGCUUUCUUCAUUUUUAUUGUUUCUUUUUUUCUUUCUGUUCUUCAGACUGCAUAAUUUUAUUGGCCUAUUUUCAAGUUUACAAAUUAUUUUUUCAGGUUAAAUCUGCUAUUGAGUUCUUCUAGUGAUUUUUUUCAUUUCAGUUACUGUACUUUUCAACUCUAGAAUUUCUACUUGGUUCUUCCGUUGCAGUAAUAAUUUCCACCUCUAUUGAAAGUCUCUGAUUGGCAGGACAUUAUUGUCAUAUUCCUUAAAUUGUUUACAUAUGGCUUACUUUAGUUCUUUGAACAAAAUUAAAAUAGCUGCUUUCAGGUCUUUGCUAAAUCCAACAUUUGUGCUAUCUCUGAGACAAUUGUCUACUAGCUGCUUCAUUCCCAUCCCCUCUGAGUCAGUUACUUGGAUUCUUUAGCUCCUGUGAAAGUUUGUUUAUGCAUAGACAGAUGUUUAAAUUGAUGUUUCUGUGAGAAAUAAGUGCUGGAAAAUCCCAUUCUGCCACCUUGCUAACAUCACUCCUGUUAAGAUUUUCUAUUUUUUCUUGAGUCAAUGAUAGUUUGGGUGUUUCUAGGAUUUUUUUCCUUUCCAGUUAGGUUAUUUUGUUGACAUACAAUUGUUUAUAAUAUUCUUGUAUAAUCAUCUUCAUUUAGGUUAGUAAUGUUUCCACUUUCAACUCCAACUUUAGUGUUUUUGAUCUUUUCUUUUUUUUCUUGUUCAGUCCUGCUAUAGUUUUGCCACUUUUUAGAAAUCUUUUCAAAGAACCAACUUUUAAUUUUAUAAAUUUUCUCUAUUAUUUUUCUAUUUAAUCUAACCCUAUAUUUGUCUUUAUUAUUUCCUUCCUUCUCAUGACUUCAUUUUUUUUCCUAUUUUCAUAUUCUAAUUCCUAAAUGUAUACAGUUAUAUCAUUGAUUUGACAUCUUUCCUCCUUUUUAUAUGCAUGUAGAGCUAUACAUUUUUCUGAGGAGUAAGCAUCUCAUAAAUUUUAGUCAUGUGCUUUUAUUUGCAUUUAUCUAAAAUAUUUUCUAAAUUCUCUCUCUUUUUUUUUUUUUUGAGACGGAGUUUCACUCUUGUUACCCAGGCUGGAGUGCAAUGGCGCGAUCUCGGCUCACCGCAACCUCCGCCUCCUGGGUUCAGGCAAUUCUCCUGCCUCAGCCUCCCGAGCAGCUGGGAUUACAGGCACGUGCCACCAUGCCCAGCUAAUUUUGUAUUUUUAGUAGAGACGGGGUUUCACCAUGUUAACCAGGAUGGUCUCGAUCUCUUGACCUCGUGAUCCACCCGCCUCGGCCUCCCAAAGUGCUGGGAUUACAGGCGUGAGCUACCGUGCCUGGCCCCUAAAUUCUCUUUUUAUUUGUUCUUCAACCAUUUGGUUAAGAUUGUAUUGAUUUGGCACAAAAUUCAAUAUAGAAAUUCAACUGAAUUUCAGUUAUCAGAACUUGCCAACAUGAAGACAAUGGGAUUUAGUCCUACAAAUUAAGGAAGAAACUGAAUGGAUUAAGUAAUGAAAUAACAUAUUGUAUACAGGAUUUAAUUUUGAAAUUCUUCAAUUUUGCCUAGGAACUUCUUCAGCUAUGGCAAUAGUCUUUUGAUGGUGCUCCCAUUUUUAACAGGAUAAAUUCACAAUUUGUGUUAGAAUGUAAUGCAAUUGGGAAGGCUUAUGUUUCUCAAACACUUAAAUUUGGCUUAACAUGCAAAGGCAUCAUAAAUUGGGCCAAUUUUUUUGGCUUUAGGAAUAAUUUUUAAAAAAAUGUACCCUGCCUAGACUAAGUGGCAAAAAAAUUAGAAUGUACUGUGGAGGCCAAAUGCAUUAGCUGCUAAAAUAUUUGCAGUCUAAUAUUCCAUAUUCACAAUACUCAUGAGGAUAUCUUCUAUUUCAUUGGAUAUAUUCUAAGACUUCUGAUUAUUUUAGUAUAUGCAGGUAUAUAUCUCAAUUUAAAAAGUAUUGUGUUCAGAAAAGUGUCAUUUGAAGAUAGCUAUAAGUUUAUUAACCAUAAAGUCCAACAUUGAGGAUUGUAUACAAUUUCAUCAAAAUUUAAAAAUAGACAACAUUGAAAAAAAUGUCCUUAAAAAUAGUAAUACUACUUAAGAAAUUGAUUAAAGUAUUGGAAUAUAUACCAAAAAUAAUAACUCUGCUUCUCUUUAUUUUAAUGUUUAGCAAAUAGUUUAAAAUUUUUUUCUUACCACAAAAAUGUUGUUUUAAUGUAAAUAUGUUUUUGUUUACCCUUUUGGAUAUAACAUAAAAAUUAUGAUCCAUAAAUAAAAUGUUCAAACAUUAUAUAAUUUCUUUUCUCUUUUACUAGACAUUCUACUCCUUUAUAUAAUUUCAAUUAUCCUAGUAUUCAUACACUUUCAAAUUUUUACUACUUUGGACAGUAUAUUAUAUAGUGAGCUGUUAUUGAUUUCUAAUUUAAUUCCAUUUUUCUCUAAGAACAUACUUUGUCUGACUUGGGUAUUGAGCCAGAAUAUGGUCUAUGUUGGUAAGUGUUCCCUGUGCACAUAAGAUGAAUUUUAUUGUCUUUGAGAAGAGUGUUUCACAAGUGUAAAUGAGAUCAAGCAGGUUGAUACGUUGUUCAAAUAAUCUAUACUCUGCUGCUUUUCUUUGUUUGUUCUAUCAAUUACCAAGAGAAAUAUGUUGAAAUGUCUAAUUAUAAUGGUGGAUUUGUCUGUCACCUUAUUGACCUAACAGGUUUUUACUCACAUACUUAGAAGCUAUAUUAAGUGAAUAAUUUAGGUUUCUUCCUUCCAGUGGAUGAAGUGUCUUCAUCAUCAUUAUGAUGUAACUUUUUUUUAUCCCUGAUAGUCUUUGUGCUGAAGUCACUUUGUUUUUAAUACAGCCACUCCAGCUUUCUUUAGACUAGUGUUAGGAUGGUAUAUAUAUUUUCCAUCCUUUACUCAUAACCUAUUAGAGCUUUUAUAUUUAAAGUAUUACCUGUAGGUAGCAUGUAUUUGGGUCUGACUUAAAAAAAAAUCCAACCUGACAAUCUUUUUAAGUUAAGGUGUUCAGACCAGUUACAUUUAAUGUGAUCAUUGAUACAGUUAAAAUUAUUAUCUUGCUGUUUUCUGUCACAGUUGGGAAUGAAAUGACAUUUUGCUCUUUAUUAUUCCAUGUUUCCUCCUUAUGUAGCAUAGCAAAGUACAAAAAUGAUUUUGAAAGUUCAAUAUUGCUAGAUUACCACAGUGAAAUCAGGUUCUUCCUACAACAAACAAGCCCCCACUUGCAUUUGUUUAGACUAUUUUAAGAAAAUGUGUUAAUUAUUCAUCCUUCGAGAUAAGGCAAGUAAUUUUCUGUGUACUUUUAUCCGUUUCCAUGCCGUCCUGAAUCACAUUUUUUCUGUCUAGAUAGCAGGAACACUGUCUUGAAGAAUCCAGUACAUUUGAUUCUGAAAUCUCUCAAUUAAACCACACUUCCUCUUCGAGUAUAAAAUCAACCAUUUCUUUAGUUCAAGCUUUUCAAAUUUAUCCUAAGUCCCCUUCAAAUAGUACAAGGUGGAAGCCUAUGUUGGGAUCUGAGUGAAAGCAGCUACAUCUUGACAUAAUUUAACUUUGAAUUCUUCUUUAAAAAUUCUGCUCAUUUACAUUCUACUCCAUGGAGAGAAAAGGUAAUUUACACUGACGCACCAAGAAGAGCAACUCUCCUCACAGAUGGGGAUCCUCGCCCGUAGCAGCAACCUGGGCACCCCACGGUCUGGAACUCCCACAAUCCUUUAGGCUCGGCUCUUUUAGGAGCCCUCGACGUAUGGUGUGAUCCACCUGAAUACUAGCGCUCAAGGCUUCUGAGGCUCUUUCUGCUCAGGACUGUAUUUUCCAGAGGCCACCGCACCGGAAUUAACGGUUCCACUUCCGGUCACCAGGGGUCGACGACGUAGUGGGGUAAGGUCUUCCUGUCCUGGAAAGAAAUCGGUGGCUGCGGGAGGUCUCCGCGGACUGGGACUCGAUCCUGACAGACCCGGCAGUAUGGGCCUCCUUUUCAAAGCAGGGAAGAAUGGAGACGGUUGGGUGAUUUCCAUUCCUCUGUGAGGCUUUCAGGAGUCAGAAAGCGAUUGCCAUGUUGGCCAGGGUGGUCUCGAACUCCGGAACUCAGGGGAGAAGCACAAGGAAGAUUGACCAAUUUUGUAAUUCUAAAAACAUGGUCCAUGGAUCAGUGACAUUCAGGGAUGUGGCCAUCGACUUCUCUCAGGAGGAGUGGGAGUGCCUGCAGCCUGCUCAGAAGACCUUGUACAGGGAUGUGAUGCUGGAGAACUACAGCCACCUGAUCUCACUGGGAAGUUCCGUUUCUAAGCCAGAUGUGAUUACGUUACUAGAGCAAGAGAAAGAGCCCUGGAUGGUUGUAAGGAAAGAAACAAGCAGAUGGUAUCCAGAUUUGGAGUCAAAAUGUGGACCUGAGAAAAUAUCUCUGGAAAAUGAUAUUUCUGAAAUAAAUUUACCAAAACAGUUUAUAAAGCAAAUAAGUAAAACACUUGGCCUUGAGGCCUUUUAUUUUAGAAAUGUCUCAGAAUAUAGAAGUAGAUUUGAGGGACUACAGGGACUUCAAGAAGGAUAUAUCAAUAUCAAUCAGAAGGUGAUCAACUAUGAAGAAAUGCCUACUUAUCCUCAUGCUUCUCUUAUUCACAAUACACAUAAACCAUAUGAAUGUAAGGAAUGUGGGAAAUACUUUAGUUGUGGUUCACAUCUUAUUCAGCAUCAGAGUAUUCAUACUGGAGAGAAACCCUAUAAAUGUAAAGAAUGUGGGAAAGCCUUUCAACUUCACAUACAACUUACUCGACAUCAGAAAUCUCAUACUGGUGAGAAACCUUUUGAAUGUAAGGAAUGUGGAAAAGCCUUUAAUCUUCUCACUCUGCUUAACCGCCAUAAGAACAUUCACACAGGUGAGAAACUGUUUGAAUGUAAGGAAUGUGGGAAGUCCUUUAAUCGUAGCUCAAACCUUACUCAGCAUGAAAGUAUUCAUGCUGGUGUAAAACCUUAUCAGUGUAAGGAGUGUGGGAAAGCCUUUAAUCGUGGUUCAAAUCUUAUUCAGCAUCAGAAAAUUCAUUCCAAUGAGAAACCCUUUGUAUGUAGGGAAUGUGCGAUGGCCUUUCGAUAUCAGUACCAACUUAUUGAACAUUGCCAAAUUCAUACAGGUGAGAAACCCUUUGAAUGUAAAGAAUGCAGGAAGGUCUUUACUCUUCUGACAAAGCUUGUCCGACAUCAGAAGAUUCAUACAGGUGAGAAGCCCUUUGAAUGUAGAGAAUGUGGAAAGGCCUUUACUCUUCUCAACCAGCUCAAUCGCCAUAAGAACAUUCACACAGGUGAAAAACCAUUUAAAUGUAAUGAAUGUGGGAAGUCCUUCAACCGUAGCUCAAAUCUUAUCCAACAUCAGAAUAUUCAUGCUGGUGUAAAACCAUAUGAAUGUAAGGAGUGUGGGAAAGGCUUUACUCGUGGUGCAAAUCUUAUUCAGCAUCAAAAAAUUCAUUCCAAUGAGAAACCCUUUGUAUGUAGGGAAUGUGAGAUGGCCUUUAGAUAUCAUUACCAACUUAUUCAACAUUGCCAAAUUCAUACUGGUGGGAAGCCCUUUGAAUGUAAAGAAUGUGGAAAGGCCUUUAGUCUUCUGACACAGCUUGCUCGACAUAAGAACAUUCAUACUGGUGAGAAACCAUUUGAAUGUAAAGACUGUGGGAAGGCCUUUAAUUGUGGCUCAAACCUUGUUCAACAUCAGAGUAUUCACACAGGUGAGAAGCCCUAUAAAUGUAAGGAGUGUGGGAAGGCUUUUAGACUUCACCUACAACUUUCUCACCAUCAGAAAACGCAUACAGGCGAGAAACCCUUUGAAUGUAAUAAGGAAUGUGGGAAAUAUUUUCGUCGUGGUUCAAAUCUUAAUCAACAUCGAAGUAUUCAUAUUGGAAAGAAACCCUUUGAGUGUAAGAAAUGUGGGAAAGCCUUUCGACUUCAUAUGCACCUUAUUCGACACCAGAAAUUUCAUACUGGUGAGAAACCCUUUGAAUGUAAGGACUGUGGCAAGGCCUUCAGUCUUCCCAUCCAGCUUAAUCGCCAUAAGAAAAUUCACUCAGGUGGGAAGCCAUUUGAAUAUAAGGAAUGCGGGAAGUCCUGUGUCUUGAACCUUGUUCAACAUCAGAGUAUUCAUGCUGGUGUAAAACCAUAUGAAUGUAAGGAGUGUGGGAAAGACUUUAAUCAUGGUUCAAACCUUAUUCAGCAUCAGAAAAUUCAUUCCAGUGAGAAACCCUUUGUAUGUAAGGAGUGUCGGAAGACCUUUAGAUAUCAUUACCAACUUAUUGAACAUUGCCAAAUUCAUACUGGUGAGAAACCCUUUGAAUGUAAAGAAUGUGGAAAGGCCUUUAGUCUUCCGACACAGCUUGCUCAACAUCAGAUCAUUCAUACUGGUGAGAAGCCAUUUAAAUGUAAGGAGUGUGGGAAGGCCUUCAAUUUUGGCUCAAACCUUGUUCAAUAUCAGAGUAUUCAUACUGAUGAGAAACCCUAUGAAUGUAAGGAGUGUGGGAAGGCUUUUAGACUUCACCUACAACUUUCUUGGCAUCAAAAACUCAUACAAGUGAGAAACUCUUUGAAUGUAAGAAAUAUGGGACAACCUUCAGAUAUCAGUACCAACUUACUGAACAUUAGAAAAUUCAUACUAGGGUGAAAGCCUUUGAAUGUAAGGAAUGUGGGAAGACCUUUUGAUAUCAUUAUCAAUUCCUUGAACAUUAUGGAAUUCAUACUGGUGAGAACCCUUAUGAAUGUCAAGAAUGUGGGAAAUGCUUUACCAGUGGUAGAAACCUUGUACCUCAGAGAAUUCAUACUGGUGAGAAAGCAUAUCAAUGUGAAGAAUGUGGGAAAGCCUUUAGUCAUAGUUCAAAUCUUGUUCAACAUGUUAAAAUUCAUACUGAUGAGAAACCCUAUGAAUGUAAGGAAUGUGAAAAGGGCUUUAGUAGUAAUUGUGAACUUACUGUACAUCUAAGAAUCCAUAUUGCUGAGAAACCCUGUGAACGUAAGGAAUGUGGAAAAACUUUUAGAUUUAGCUCAGUCUUUACUGCACAUUAAAGAAUUUAAACUAGUAUAAACCCUAUGAAUGUAAAGAAUGUGGAAAGACCUUUAGUUGUAGCUCGAGCGUUGUUCAACAUGUUAAAAUUCAUACUGGUGAGCAACCCUGUGAAUGUGAAUGUAAAGGAUGUGGGAAGACCUUUAGACUUAGUUCAGUCCUUUCUGCACAUCACAGAAUUCAUACUGGUGUGAAACCCUAUGAAUGUAAGGAAUGUGGGCAAGGCUACUGUGAAUGGUCAGCUUAUUCGACAUCAGAAAAUUCAUAAUAGUUAGAAGUUUUGCGAAUAUAAGGAGUGUGGACAAGCCUCCGCUGUGUAUGAAAAAUUUACUCAACACCAGAGAAUUCAUAUUAAUGAGAAUCCUGUGAACAUAAAAGCAUGUGUGAGGAACUUUCGUCAUGGUCUGGGAUUUGCUGAACAUCAGAGUAUUCAUACUGCUGAGAAAUCUUUUGAGUUUAAGAAUGUGGGAUGUUGUAUAGCCACACUAAAUGCCUUAGAGUUCAAAGAAAGUAAUUUUGGUGAGAAAGUUAUUGACGUGAUGAACGUAGAGUACCUGCCAUGUUCACAGUUUACUGCCUAUGAAGUGUUUUACUGGAUUCAGGCAUACCUUGCUUAAUUGUUCAUUGUAGCUAUUGCGUUUUAUACACAUUGAAGGUUUGCAGCAACCCUGCAGUGAAUAAAUCAAUCAGCACCAUUUUCCAAACAGCAUGUGCAUAUCUUGUGUUUUUGUGUCACACUUUGGUAGUUUUCAUAACAUUUCAAACUUUUUCAUUGUUAUAUCUGUUAUGGUGA